UUCCUAGAAUUAUUUAUAAACAAAAAAAAAGUAGAAAUGAAAGAAAAGAAACACAACGACAUAACUGCAUAAGGAAUAUGCAGAAUCGCACACUUUACAACACCAGUAAGUAAAAUCUUGACCAUCAGGAUGAGUUUGGAGGCCGAACAAAGCCCGCAUGUAACUGCCCUCUCAAACAUUAGUUUUCUAGAAGAAUAUGUUCCUAUUGGUCGCUCCUCCUAUGUAGGGGGCGUUUCUAUAGGACAUUGUUAAAUUAUAUAAACGUGUGUGAGUGUGGAAUGAUUAACUCAGUCUUUGGAUCAUCAGACAAGUACUCAUCGUGAGAUUCGUAUGGGGAUCGCAGUCACUAUCGGUCGCGCUGCAAGGUCCAGUACAACUAGUUUACUUCGUUAACUCAGCUUAAAACUAAUCAAAAUUAAUCAUAACUGCUAACAAUUGAUCACAAUUGGUUCAGAUUCCAUUACACACGUGGUCCGCACGGGUAAUCAUCUAAGUUUUUGCAUAAUUGUUUAAGUGACACGCGCAACCAUCAAAAACAUCGUCAAGCGCCUUUUUUUUAAAUUAUAAAGAGGUUGAGUAGAAUUAGAACUACUUUUUAGUUUUCCGAUCAUUUCAUUUAUCAGUUAUCUAUUAAUUACAAACGGACAGUGAUUGUUAAAAAAAAAAAGAAGGAAAGAUAAUAUUAAAUAUUUAUAAUUUUUUAUCAUCCAAAAAGCAACAACUGUGAUUAAAUAUUAAAGUGCGCCCCUAGUUUUUCAUUAUUUUUUCAAAAUUAAAUUUUGAUUGUAAAAAAAAGUUUCUCGAAGAAAUGGACGGUGGUCCUUUUGAUGAUCAGAUAUUUUCGGAAUUUGGAAAUCGAACUGCUAGCGGUGUUCAUAGUAUUCAAGUAAUGUUAGGCUUGCAUAGUUCUCAUCAUGGGAGUGAUAUAAUGCCAACAAGUGGACAUCUUCAUAAAUUGGAUACAUCUAAUAGUCCACCUCCACAUCAUCAAACUUCACAUCAACAUCUUCAACAGCAAAAAGAAUUAAAGGAACUUGAAUUAGUUGGAAUGUAUGCUCCACUUUCUCAAACGCAAGAUAUAACAACUUCUACAUCAACAACUGGUACAUCAACAUCGACUACUCUUCAACAAAGUUUACAACUUGGAAAUUCUUUGAAAAGGAAACCUGAAGAUCCAUUAGGAAAUCUAACGUCGGUUAAUAAUGAGGUGCAACCUGCCAAAAAGGAUUCUAAAAAGAAGACUGAUAACAAUGGAAUUAAGAAAAAGAAAACAAGAACAACAUUUACGGCCUAUCAAUUAGAAGAAUUGGAAAGAGCAUUUGAAAGAGCUCCUUAUCCCGAUGUAUUUGCACGAGAAGAAUUAGCUUUGAAGUUGGCACUUUCGGAAUCACGAGUUCAAGUUUGGUUUCAAAAUCGACGAGCUAAGUGGAGGAAGCGCGAACCUCCCCGAAAAACAGGCUAUAUGGCAACUGGAUCUGGAAGUCCUGGUUUGACAGGAUCAUUUACCUCCAUAAAUAACAGUAUAAAUCCUUUUGGAACGUCAACAACAACAGCAGGACCACCUGACGCAUGGUCAUACACUCCAACAGCUUACGAUCUUGCGCCACAUUUAAAUCUCUUGAGUUCAACAGGUUCACCUUAUUCAACUUCUUUCGGAGGACCCAGUAAUAAUGGAUCUGCUUAUUCUUAUGCUACAAUGUUACCGCAACAUGAUCCAUCUCUUUUUUCUGCACCAUCAGGAAAUACAAUGAGAGUUCAUCAGGAUUAUAUGAAUGCCAACAAUAGUCCACCACCUUCACUUACACGUGACUAUCAAACCAUGGUUACACAUUCUUCGCCACAACAUCUCACCAGUUCUAUUUCAGAGGAUGAACAUCAAAAUAAACAAUUAGACUAUGUAAGUGGUCUUAGUCCAACAGAUAAAUAUCAACAUGAACAAGCAGAAUAUUCUCAUCAACACGAUCAAAAACAAGAUUAUGGAAUGCAUUCGCCUUCAAAUCGACAAGGCCUAAAAGAUCAAGUAUUAAUUAAAAGCGAGCCCGGUGGCCAACAGAGUUAUGUUCAAUUACCUCCUUUUUUAAACUAACAAGAACUCUCAGGACAAAAUAUAUGAAUAAAAAAUCGAAUUAAUAAUUCUCUAAAAGAACUAUUAAAUUUACAUUCUUUCAUAAAAUUAUUAUUAUUAUUAUUAUUGUUAACUUAUAUGCUAUACAUAAAAGUGUAAACCGUUAAUAAGAGGGCGGAAAUUAGGAACAACAUAUUAUAAUAUGUAUUUAAACCAAAAUUCUCCAAAAAUGCUCGAUUAUUUGUAGCCCAAUAUUGAGGAUACUAUUAUUAAGAAGAAUAAAGUAAUAAUUUAUAUAUUAACAAUAAUAGUAUAUAAAUUCAAAUUAUUGUUUCCUCUAUAUAAACAAAGUGAAAUGUGCACAGCCCUAUCAGAGUACAUACGUCCAUUAAAAUUCACUUUGAUCGCGUAUUGGACACCAUUUAUUGUCCUCGAUUAACCUCGAUAAAAGUUUUGGAUUGCUGUUCAAUCAGUUUUUAUAAGUAUUAUUCCUGAUGGUAUUCAAAAAUUUGUUUCCGAAACAAUCACUUUUUAUUCGAAUUUCUACUUAACUCAAGAAAAAAAUUCUUUCCUGAUCAUUACGAAUUAAUUUUAAUCCUUUUGAAUCCUAAAAAGAUGAGGAUCAAUAAGGCCGUUUUUUGGGUCUUUCUCAAAUAGAUUUAUAUUAUGAAAAAUUUGAUCUCCUUAGAAUGAUAGACAAUUUCCCCAAACCGUUUUUGAUUUAUCAAAAAAUACCGGCAAUAACUCAUCUUAAAAAAUUGUAAAAUACAUCUUAGCAGAGAUUAGUUAAUUUUAAUUCGUAAUUAAAAAGUCCCGGUCAUCAAACUUUCCCAAAAACUUUGUACAUAUGUAGUGAAGAAAAUAUGUCAUUAUGAGCGAUCUAAAUCAAAAACCGGAACAAAAAAUUCAUGAUGGCGAAUCCAAUUCGUUGGAAACUUGCUACUUGGGGGUAGAUAUACAAAAUUCAAAAUGUCGGAUUCAAUAUGCCGGAAAAAUAUAACUAGUAGGAUGAGUUAUUUCCGGUAUUUGUUGAUAAAUCAAAAAACGGUUUGAGGAAAUUUUCUAGCAUACUAUAAGGAGACCAAUUUUUUCAUAAUAUCAAACGAUUUGAGAUGGGUCCAAAAAAAAUGACCUUAUUGACCCUCAUCCUUUCAUUUCAAAUCAAUUAGAAGCUAAAUUAAAAAUUUUUAAUCCUUUUAAAUUAUAAAAUUUAAUUCCGAAUUAAUUCGUUUUCAAGCCAAAAUAAUUUAUUUGUAAUGAAAUUUUUGGUUUUAAAAAAAUUAAAUUUCGGAAUGAUCCGGAAAAUUUUUUUUCCUACCUAUUAAAAAUGAUUGAAAUUUAAUCCAAAACUUUCGUGAGGGAAAUCAUAAAAAAGUUGAUCUUGCAUUGUGUUUUUAUUUCGUUUGUAUUAAGUUUUAAAUUAAUUCAUAUUGUUAUACGUAUUUCCAAAAAGUAUAUAUACAUAUAUAUAUUUAUCUAUACCAAGUUUUACUCUUUCAAAUCGUCUUAUUUUCAAAUUUUUUUUAACUAUAUAGCAUAGUAUAUAUUGACAAUUUUAAAUGUUUUGUAAAUUUUAUUUCAAAGUAUAAGAAAUAUAAGAACACAGGCGGAUAAAAUUUUAAUUAACAAAACCAGAUUGUUCCUGAAGAUUUUUAAAAGUUAAGAUUCAUAAUCUAUGAACCUUGAGUAGGUAAUAAUUUCAAGCAAAUUCAAUUGAUUUUUAAAAAUAUGUCUACGAUAUUAGAUCUGCCUUUUCGAAUAUUGAAAAUCUUAUAGGGAAUAACAAAUUUUAAUAAAAUUGGGAUUUUGAAUUUUUUUUUCUUUGAUAUUAAACUCCGAUUUCCAAGCAGCGAUUUCUAAAAUCCUCAAAUGACAAAUUGUGUGUAAUUUUAUAUACUUUAUGAAAAUUGAUUCGACUUUAUUGUGAACAUUAAAAUGAAAUUACACUAUUCUUUAUGUUGAAGUUGGCAAGUUAUAAGUUAAAGUUGAAGCUUAAUUAUUUCGGGUAUACCAAAUUUUAUUUAAUUACAAAAAUAGUAGAUUUUAUUCUAACGACUUUUUUUUUAAAAAUAAUUAAUAUUUAAUAAAAUUUUUCUCUAUUAAAUGCAGAGAAAUUUUUAAUAGUUUUCUAAUUAGGAUAUUCACCUUAUUGUCGAGUUGAACAAAUAAAUUACAUACUUUCAAAAAACGAUUUUUCAAAGUGGAAAAAAAAACUAUCUAAUGAGUCUAAAAUUUUAAUAAUAAGAAAUAUAGUCUGGUCCAGAAGAUCAGCAACAUUUUUUCGGCCUGUGCAAUUUUUGCAAUAUUUUCUACUACUAAGAGUUUAAUUGUAAUUAAAAUAAAAAGAUUGUUUUAAGAAAAACUCCUUAAAUUGAUAAUAUUCCAUUAAGUGUAUAGAAUGUUGUAAAAGAUUUACUUUUUUCUUUGAUUUUUAAAAAAAAUGAAACAUAUUGUAAUAGUCUAAUAUAAAAUGUAUACAAUUAUAUGUGCCUUAAAGGAAAUUUGAGUACAAUUCAUAUUUGCAAUCUAUGCUAUACAAUUUAGAUUAUGGAAAAAAAUAUAUCUUUGUUAUACUAAAUAGUAAAAAUCCAAAUUUGUACACUUAUACUGAUCUCAUUUAUGUGCCUUUUAUCAUUAUCGUAUAAAAUAAUAAUUAUCUCUAAGAUCAUUUAAAGUAUCUCACGAAGUUUUGCUUUAUUUGUGAAAAAUUAUAACUAUGUACGUCAAAUAUUCUACAAAUUCAAAAGAUUUACUAAUAUGGAUUCCAAAAGUGCUAAAACCUCUCUGUUUACUUUCUUGUAAGUUUGUCAAAUAAAAAAUACAACAAAAUAUUACAAUAAAAAAAAUUUCAAAAAU